UACAAAUUUUCUCACCUUCAAUAUUUAUCAUAGCAACAUAAUGUCAAAACUGGGUUUUAUUAAGCAUAAUUAAUUUACGCGAUUAUUGAUAGCCAAUAACAAAUAAUAUAUCACUAAAAGACGUACCUAAAUAUACAUAAGUACAUACAUAUAUAAAAGUGAUUAAUAGAUGAUAAUAUACCUCGAAAUACCACUUAUACUUGAAAACGAAAAUAAAAAGAUUUCCGUGAGUUUUAAUCUUUUUUAACCGAAAGGCCUACAUUUUGUCGCAAAAAUAUCACUCAAAUCUACACAGUCACGCUAAAAUAUUCGGACUUCCAAAAUUGUGAAGUUAAAAAAAAAAAUACAAAAGCGAUACUUUAAUUUCGUAUUAAUGGACGAGGAAUUACGACAUACUUACAAUCAAUGACAAACGGUUUUUAGGAGCGAAAAGAAAUGUUGCUGAUCCCUGCCAUUUUGAUGUUUAACAUCUUCCGUAUGCCGAAUCUUGUUCAUGCUCGCUUUUGUGAAGGAGGUCAUUAUUGUUCAUUGCCGAGGGAAUGCUGUACUCAAGGAUGCUGUCCUCCAUACCAAAGUGGACCUCGUCAAUUACCACCAUCAUCAGAACAUGUCUUGAAUUUGUUUUUCAUAAGCCAUUGGUUUUUCUGGUGUGUGGUAGUUGCGAUCAUGUUGGCUUUACUGUGUGCAUAUUCCUUGUGGAAAAAGCGGCGAACACUUUGCGGUUGGGGAUUCACUGACCAUCGUGCUCAAUCUGAGGGUGACUCGGCAGGGUCCUGUUAUGCUCCUCCACAAUAUAGCCGCUGUAAUUCGUUUCACCAUCCGCCGCCUCCAUAUACUGAGGUAACAUCGAAGCCCGAUCUUUAUCCACUUGUUUUUACAUGCAACAGCGACAAUACUAAAACUGGUUCCAGUUACCUCAUGGUACAAUAUUUUCGUAAUUAUAUUGUCCGGCCAAUUGGAUCAUUGUCUGCAGCUAGUACGAUAGAUUCUCUAAGUUCAAGCUUUAUUUGUAAUAUUAACGAAGCAAAUACCCUGGUACCACCACCAUACUCUCGAGCAGCCAGCCCCGAAACUGGUUUUAAUUCACAUUUCCCCCAGGACUUUUUAAUACCGCGAUCUGCCUCGCAAUUAGUUUAUGCAAGUGGAGGUAAUGGAGGCAAUAAUAAUAUGGGUAUGCACGAUAUAAAUAGUGGUAUAGUCACUCAGCAAAUAUUUAAACAAAAUAGAGCUCCGCAUUUCACUGUGGUAGCACUAAAUGGUUCAGUUGGCGGGAAUGAAAAUGACUUGGAUAUAGAAAAUACAUCAAACUCAACCACACCUUACAGCACUAUUUUACAAACUUCGGUAGUUGAGCAAUUCAAUUUCAAUGAAAAAUCCGUCGAGAACAAUUCCAAUCGUUCCAUUUCAAAUCAAAAUGGUAACCGUGAUGACAGUGGUAAUGGUAGUGGGGCUAAGAGUAAUCGGAGCAGUGGAUGCGCUAGCAAUUUUAGCGGAGGUUGUAUUCCAAAAGGUUUUAUACAAUCCCAAAGUGAACAGCAAUUUCGUUAUUUUAACAAUAGCAGCAGCAGCAGCAUUAGUGAUAUUUUCGUAAACAAUAAUUCCGUAGAUCGAUUUAAUAAUGUCUCUAAUGGGAAUGGUAGUAAAUCAUUUGAAGUAAUUAAUUUUGAUGAGACUGGAGUGAAACCUCAACAUACAUUGACUACUGAUCUCAAAGGUUUUACUACACAAGCUCAAUCAAGCAACCACGGGACAACUUUGAUUGUUAACAACGGAUACAUCAAAUCUAAACAACUACAUCAUACCAGUACAUUUCCCACUCAACUUGUAAUCAACACCAGUAUAUUGAAUCCAACGUAUAAAUCUUGCGAUUCAGUUGCUGGCUUUAAUGGAGCUACAAAAAAUGAUUUGUCAGAGACAGAGUUGAAAGAUCUUAAUAUAUUAAGGCAAAGUUUGGAAACAUGUUACAAUUUUUUAGAGAAACAACAGCAACAACCCCAAACAUUGGUAAAUAACACAGAUUCCCCAUCAUUACCUGUUAAUAAGAAUCUUAAUAAGUAUACUCCAGAUGAUUUAACUAAUUAUACAACUUCAGAUAAUUGCUCUGAUGUUAGUAGUAUUGCAAAUGCUUGUAUACCUAGCUCGCCUCCACAAGCUACUAGCCCGACUGGCGAAGUGAAAGAUAUUCUCAAUCAAAUACGUCAGUGGCAGGAAGAAAUAAGCUAUGAAGAUCUACUGCUCCAUAUGAAGCCUGCGCUACGUCAUACGUUGUCCUCACCAUCGAACACACCUUCUGGGAUAGUUAAGACUUCUAACGCAUAUACACAGCGAAAAUUACAACGCAAUUCCGUUGCAUGCUGUGAAAUACAGUCAAACUCAAGUCUUAAUUGCUCUAACAAUCCAAAUUUUGCUAAAACAACAGUUCAUUUAGCAACUACACCAUUAGACAAGGCAAAAGCAACAAUUACAGCUAAAGCACGAAACACACAAAGAUCGUCUAAUGUUACCGACAAUUUAUUAAAACGUCCUACGACAUUACACCAAAACAAAAUUAAACAUUUUAUUCCAAAAUCGAAUAAAGCUCUAUAUAUUCCAAUGAUUCCGAAUGCUACAUCGUCGAAUUCGAGCAAAUUCCCAUUAAAGAGUCCGGUCAAUAGUAAAGUGGGCGCAAAGUUUUUCGCUAGCAGAGGAGGUAAAAUGCGUAAAAUUUUUAUAUCACGUUCGGCACCCUCAACACCAGGAACCGCGUUACCUCUUACACCGUUAAGUGAUGAUAGUCCAUUACUACCAGAACAUGAUGAAGACCCGGAGACUGACCAAAAUUAAAAUAUUCAAUAUAAUUAUGUUCUUAGAAAUUAGGGGGAAAACUAGAAGUAUUUCGCACUAAGUUAUUAUUCAACAUUACUUCUUUGCUAUACUAAUGUGCAUUUCCUUAUAUUGGAUUAAAUAAUCAGUUUCAACUUGAUAAUGUUAAACAAUGAAAUAUUUUAUUUAUAUAUAUUAUUCAAGUCAUUGAACUUUGGAAAACUACUUGAAAAUAUUUUAGUGAAAUAUUAAUUACAGUUUUUACAGAUCUUCCAUAAAUAAUGAGAAGUUCAAGUAGCUUGAUGAGAGAAUGUCCACAGAUGUUAAAUAAAAAUAAAAAUCCAAAUCUAUUUAAAUUACUUUUAUGAUGAUUUAGAUCGAAACAAAUGAUUAUUCUUAAUAGGAAAUUAGAUCCAAGUAAGUCGUUUAAAACAAGAACAUUCUUUCGAUUUUUUGCCAAUUAGUAUAUGUUUAUGUUGUAUAUAUGUAUGUAAAACGACGUGUUACUAAAGAUAAGCUAUUAAUGGUUCAAAUGUAUAUAUUAUAUGAAGAUAUAGUGUAUUGAUACUGAAAAUCGUACUGUCUCGUCGUGUUUUGUGGGUCAUGGGUUAAGGUCAAAAUAUGACAAAUAAAAGAAGUUACGGCCAUGGUGCUGGCUGCCCCCGUCA